UAUCCAGUCAAAAUAAGUGUGGCCUUGCGCGUGAGGCUGAGGAAUGUUUCGUAACGGUAACUGAGUUUUGUUAUACAAUAAUCUUUCACCGUUUAAGACGGUCAGUAACAUGGCGACUCUCCAGUCCUAACUUACCAUGAGUUCCAUAAUCCGGGUACAUUUAGUGUUGAUGAAAAGGCAUCCAUGGAAAACUGUCGCGUUGUCAACUGGUUUCGUUAUGUCCUCAGGAGAUGCUAUUUCCCAGAAGUUUGUGGAGAGAAAAGAUAAACUAGAUUAUAAAAGAUACCUUCGAUACUGGGCUUUUGGAUUUGCUAUUGCUGGACCAUUAUUUCAUGGAUGGUACUUAAGGUUGCAAACAAUAUUUGGCAAGUCAAGAUUUGCCCCAUUUAAAAUGGUGAUCACAGAUCAGAUGCUCUUUGCACCUGCCUUUCCUCCAUUUUUCUUGGGUGUCAUGGGAAUAAUGAAGGGAGACCCUUUAUCAGAAAUACAACAGAAAAUAAAAAAUGAUUAUUUGGACAUUCUCACUAGCUGUUGGUCACUUUGGACAGGGGUGCAGCUUUUGAACUUCCUCUAUGUCCCUGUAAGUCACAGGGUUUUGUUCAACAAUGUGGUAGCCCUUGGAUGGGACACCUACUUGGCCUGGAAAGCUGAUUCUAGCCAUCAGAGAGCGCAGACGACAGCACCAGCCCUGUUACAGACGGUGACAGAUAACCCUGUGAAUCAGACGUCCAUGCCAGUCAUAGUAUCCACAUGAUCUGACGUUCAGGUUAUACUGCAGUUCUGUGGAUCCUCAGCUUCAACCGAGCUCCAUAAUGAUCAACCCCAUGCAACACCGAGCUCCAUAAUGAUCAACCCCAUGCAACACCCAGUCUAGUCUGAAUGCUUAGAUAUAUGUCUGCCAAAUUGUGAUGCUUUAAAAGUGCAGAUUUAUCAAAUAGGUUUGCCACUGCCAGGGAUUAAACUUGACCUAAAAAUCAUAGUAGCCAGCUGGGCCCCUAAAAGUCAGAUUGUGGUUGCCCAGUUUAAAAAUUGGUUGCCCAGAUGAAAAUUGAUGUAACAGAAAGUAAACAAUGUCAAAUGUUUAUUCAUAUGUCAAUAAAAGAAUGUGAUUACAUACAAUUUAAACAUUCUCUAUUUCUCUCUAUAUAUUCAGAAGCCUUUCAAAAACACUCAUAAUUGAACUCAAAGUGGAAAAAUGUAUUUAAAUCAAACCAGCAAUAAACAGAAAAUAUGGAUCGCCAACCUGGGCAACUGAAAUACGAAUUCUGCUUGCCCAGUCGAAGUUUCGGUCGCCAUUGGCAACUUGGCAUUUUAAUCCCUGCACUGCCCAGUAAACUUGCAGUGUGUUGACAAUGUCUGGCAUUGCCGAAACGUCAUGUGCAUUCUGUGAUUUAUCAUUUAAUGUGUUAAAGCAUUCCUCGCAUUUUGUUACCUACAAGGACUAGUGGUGUGCAAGUUGAAACUGUGAUUGUCAAACUUCCGUCUCUGUUUGAAAUAGACUAUGUACAGGAUUCUUAUUUAUUUUAAUGUCUUAUUUUACAUGAUUGAUGCCACAAUUUUUUAGUAUAUAUGCAUCGAGGUAUAUGUAACUUAAUUUUAGUUGUAACAUGCAUUUUGAUUGGCUGACCACAUCCAUGAAAAUAGUUUACAUGUAUCUCAUAUGAAUUGUUUUACCAUUAAGCUGCACCAUAAUAAUGAUUUGCUACACUUCACAUUUUCAUACUCAAUAUUAAUGAUGAAUAAUACAAAACAGUUUAAAAUCAUAAGGAAUGAAGUUGUUGUACAAUAUAACCUGGUUUGGAACAGUUUCUGCCUUGUGUUUUAUAAGGGUAACACUCCAGCAAAUAAAGAUGAUAUAUGACUUGAUCAAAAAUUAAUUCCUCACAGAAUUAAAUGCUCAAUGCUUUUGCAUAUCAACUUAUUCAAAUUCAUUCAUGUGUAGUAUAUAAAUAUGUCUCGAAAAUUAAUGUUGCUCCUGCAUGUAAGUGAUUUUUAUUUGCAAUAUUUGUUAUACUUGUUCAAACCCCAGCAUGUUCUUUGCAUUUUUAAAACGGGUACAGGAUUAACUACCAGUUAUCAUGUUUUUACUGCGCUUGAAAGCAGUUUUAUAAUUGAUUGUGGAAAAUACCUACUGUAUGAAAAAUGUGAAAUAAAUUAAUAUUUUUAUA